GGGUAGCAUGGCCUGGGGGUGCCCACUCCAGCUGCUGUACCCUGUGCUCAUGGUACUCCUGGCCUCAGGUUCCCGGGAUGCUGUAGAGGAGGUUCAUGAGGCGGUGGGGCAGACCCUGUCCGUGCAGUGUCGGUACCCAGCCAUGAGUGGGCCCUACGCAGCGAAAACCUGGUGUCGGCGGACAGCUAUAGAACACGGGUGUAACAGAAUGGUCACCACCUCCCGGCCCCGGACGGCAGCCGAGGUGUCCCGAUUUACCAUCUGGGACGACCCGGGGGCCGGCUUCUUCAUCGUCACCAUGGCUCAACUGCGAGAAGAGGAUUCUGGAGUUUACUCGUGUGGAAGCUACAACUCUUUCUCCGAUGAGGUCACGGCGUUCAGAAACAUCAGCCUAGUGGUGGCUCCAGUUCUGACGGCUUCUCCAUCGGAGACCACCGACCCUUCCAUCCUUGGCUUUGAGCACAGAGACAAAGCAAACACCACCAGCCAAGGCUGAGAACUCAACUCCAGGAUUCACUCCAGGACACUGUGAAGUCAGCUGACCCAGGGUCACCAUCAACCAGAAGUCACACCUUACCAACCACGUCUGGAAUCCCCAGCUCCAGGGGUUUUCUAGAAAAACCCACCUUCUUCACCUGAGAGGGGGACUAUACUUUUGCGUUGACAGUGUACAGUCCUCCAUUUUGCUUGGCAAAAUUAACAUAACCUUGACUUCCCUUUCUCCCCCAAACUGCUGUCAUUAUUUGUGAAUUGGACUUGAAUCCGGGUGACUGACUUUUCUGGUAUCAGAAGAAUCAUUG